CACCUUUACGACCAACAAGACUGCGAUGGAGCUUCUCGAGGAAGACCUCACGUGUCCCAUUUGUUGCAGCCUCUUUGAUGAUCCUCGCGCGCUACCGUGUUCACACAACUUUUGUAAGAAAUGUUUGGAAGGGAUCCUGGAGGGAAAUGCCCGAAAUGUGAUUUGGAGGCCGUCUCUCUUCAAGUGUCCCACCUGCAGGAAGGAAACUACAGUUACAGGAGUCAACAACCUGCAGGUCAACUAUUCCCUGAAAGGUAUUGUGGAGAAAUAUAACAAAAUUAAAGUAACGACAAAAAUGCCAGUGUGCAAGGUGCACAGCGGCCAGCCCCUCAACAUUUUCUGCCAGACCGAUACACAGUUGAUAUGCGGUAUCUGUGCCACUCGAGGAGAUCAUAUAAAGCACGUGUUUUGCUCCAUCGAAGAUGCUUACUUCCAGGAGAAACGUGCUUUUGAGACACUGUUCCAGGGCUUCGAAAUAUGGCAUUGUGGGGAUGCGCUUUCUCGGCUGGACACGCUGGAAACUAGCAAGAGAAAAGCCCUCCAGGUGCUGACCAAAGACUAUGACCGAGUCAAAGAAUUCUUUGAGAAAUUGCAAUAUACGCUGGAGCAAAAGAAGAACGAGAUACUGUCAGACUUCGAGACGAUGAAGCUUGCCGUUAUGCAGGCGUAUGACCCAGAAAUCAACAAGUUGAACACUAUCAUACGGGAGCAGCGGAUGGCUUUUAACAUUGCGGAAGCCUUUAAGGAUGUCUCCGAACCCAUUGUGUUUCUGCAGCAGAUGCAGGAAUUCCGAGAUAAAAUCAAAGUCAUCAAGGAGACAAGACUGCCUUGUCCUACCGUGGACAUCAACUCCACCAUGAAAGGCUUCGAUACCAGCCACUGGGAGCAGUUUAAGCUAGCAGAUGUGGACAAACUUUCUUUACCUCAGGAGAAAACCACUUUCAUUCCUUUGCUCUUCUCCUGCAAGUUUAUCGUUGCUGCUUUUCUUCUCUUGUUCCUCCUUGCUACCACCAGGAUGCUCUUUUUGGACUCUCUAGGCGACACUCUCCUGCACUGGAAAGGUCUUAUCUCUGCAUUUGGCUCAGGGUAUCUCGUAGACAUAGCGGAGAUAGCAGAUCUUGCUGUGUUGUACUGGGAGAGAAUGACUGACGGCGUGUCUGUCGUGAGUGAAAAAUGUGUCAAGUACACACUUGUGAUGCUGGAAAACGUUGCUCAAUUUGUCUGCAAAUAUAAACUUCUGUAGCUGCCAUUAGUGCACACAAAACGUGAAAUGAAAGAAGUUAUUGUCUUGGAGUGUUGUCUGUUUUGUGUAAAACCCAAGUGCGCUGGACAUGGAUAAACUGGAGCAGAUUUUUUCAAACUAUCUUGUGGUACAGAUGUGGUUUUCUGAGGCUCAUAUUUUGAAAUAUUUAACAUAUUCUGAAGGGGGCUGGCUUUUAAGGGAAAUGCAAGUAUACUGCCUUUUUUGGGCUAGUUUUGUAUGUAGAACACACAAUAGAUGUACAUAUUACAUGAAUGAAUGCACACAGCACUAUAACUACAACUUUUUAAUGAAGUACAAUAAAUCUUCUGUUCAGUUAAUCUCAAAGUCAAGGAGAGCAUUUGGUAAUGCCUUGAUAAAGAGCUUUAGACUGGAGUGUCUGUUGUAUAAAUCAUUUGUUUAUAGCAGGGGUGUCGAACUCAU